AUGACGCCGAUAGAUUAUUCCGUGCGACGGGAAACUUUAUCGCGCACUGAAAGGCAGGUCGGUGCGCCGAGAGCCUCGCGCUGCGGCGUCGUCUCCUCUCCGCAUAUGCACCCUCGAGCGCCGCGAUAUCAAAUCGGAAAAACCAUCUUUUUAUAUUUAUACCAAAGUCCGCAGGUCAAUUUUUACGCCACCACAACAUACGCGUGUCUAGUAACGACGGCGGAGCGUGUGAAUACUAUAGCAAUGUCUUCGGUUCUUAUCGUUGGUUGUGGCGUAAUGGGACUUUCGUCUGCCAUUGCUCUAGCAGAAAGAGGUCAUAAAGUGGUUGCAAUGGACUCAUUUCCGGUUCCUUCGCCUUGGUCUGCCGCGUGUGACUUCAACAAGAUCAUCCGGACCGAAUACACUGACAAAUUAUACACGGAAUUGAGCGUCGCUGCUCUUGAUGAAUGGAGACAUAGUCCAGUUUACAACCACACUUUCAAAGAAUGUGGACGAAUUUUAAUCACUCCCGAGAACCACGAGGGUAGAAGGGAGUUUGAGAGACUCAGUAUUGCCAAUCUCCAGGCGAUUGGUGGCGGAAAAUAUAUCGAAUAUUAUAAAGGUGGUGAACAAUUGGGUGGAAAAUUCAAAGUCUUAAGCCACAAUUCUGUCAAAGAUUCCACCGAGAUAAAAUGGAACCCUGAGUCGGGGCUUGCCCACGCCGCGAACGCUUUGAGACUGGCUCACGCCAGAGCCGAGCAAUUGGGUGUGACAUUUGUAUUUGGCGACGCAGGACGAGUGGUUGCUACCUACACCGAAAACGGAACCGUUUAUGUAAUUUCGGCUGACGGAUCGAAAAGAACAGCUGACCAGGUUCUCUUGAGUGCUGGUGCAGCCACGGGCUAUCUCGUGGACUUGGGACAACAACAAUCUGCUACAGGAUUAUUUAUUACCCACAUCAAGCUAACACCUCAAGAAUACGAAAAAUACAAGGACAUUCCUGUUGUGUUUGAUGGAGAAAUGUUGGAUACUUUUUCCCUCCAGAUCCAGCUACCUACGUCCUCAAGAUUGCAUUGCCGGGUUCUGGAACCUCAAACUACGUUAAUGAUCCAUUUGGAGUCUACGAUAAGAAAUCGCUUCCUCGCUACAAAAAUGAUAAUCCCAACGACACCGUUCCUUUGGAUGGAUAUGACCAGGCAAGACGGCUCCUACCCAAAUACGUUCCAGAUUUAG